AGGGAAACCUGUGGAAUGCCGAGAAGCCGUGUAAUGAAAUAACGUCACGCCUGCCCCUCACCAUUACUCUGACCAGGGUUCGAAGGUCACACUUAGAGACUAAGGGGAAAUGGAGAAGUGCAAGGGGACGAGCAGAAUGGCUGGCACCACCUCAGGUUAGCGCACUGGGCCGUUCUGGUUCUCACACCGCCCAGCCCAGCCCAGCCCAGCCCAGCCCACCCAACCCAAGUCCCUACGCAUGGAGCCAAGCCGCACCUCUCGCCUCAUGAGGCCGGAGCCCGGAGUAAAACAGAAGGCCCGUCAAGGGCCUCUGGCGGGACUGACUCGCACUAGGGGCCCAACAGGCAAUAAGGACCCAGCGCAUUGGCCAAGGAUAGGCCAGUCCCCAGGGAAGCAGCACCGCGCCGGGACUAGAGGGCAACUGUGAGGAGAGCUGCGGGGAGGGGUCCAGCCUGGCUCCCUCCUUUCCCCGCCCUAAGUCAGCCUCUUCGCCCAGUGAGCACACAACGGUAUUGCCCAGGCUCCCAGGCCCCGAACGCCAUACCUGGUUUCCGCUUCCGGUGGCUUCUCGUUGCGCCCCGCCCGCAAGCGUCCUCCUCCGGGGCUUCGUGACAGCCAGGUCGUGCGCGGGUCAUCCUGGGAUUGGUAGUUCGCUUUCCCUCACUUAGCCGGUUUCUCUCUCUACCGGGGACUCCGCGUCCCGGCAUCCACCGCGGCACCUGACCCUUGGCGCUUGCGUGUUGCCCUCUUCCCCACCCUCCCCAAUUUCCACUCCCCCAACCCCACUUCGCCUGCCGCGGUCGGGUCCGCGGCCUGCGCUGUAGCGGUCGCCGCCGUUCCUUCGAAGUAGCAACUUCCCUACCCCACCCCGGUCCUGGUCCCCGUCCAGCUGCUGACGUGAAGAUGAGCAGCUCAGAGGAGGUGUCCUGGAUUUCCUGGUUCUGUGGGCUCCGUGGCAAUGAAUUCUUCUGUGAAGUGGAUGAAGACUACAUCCAGGACAAAUUUAAUCUUACUGGACUCAAUGAGCAGGUUCCUCACUAUCGACAAGCUCUAGACAUGAUCUUGGACCUGGAGCCUGAUGAAGAACUGGAAGACAACCCCAACCAGAGUGACCUGAUUGAGCAGGCUGCCGAGAUGCUUUAUGGAUUGAUCCACGCCCGCUACAUCCUUACCAACCGUGGCAUUGCCCAGAUGUUGGAAAAGUACCAGCAGGGAGACUUUGGUUACUGUCCUCGUGUGUACUGUGAGAACCAGCCAAUGCUUCCCAUCGGCCUUUCAGACAUCCCAGGUGAAGCCAUGGUGAAGCUCUACUGCCCCAAGUGCAUGGAUGUGUACACACCCAAGUCAUCAAGACACCAUCACACGGAUGGCGCCUACUUUGGCACUGGUUUCCCUCACAUGCUCUUCAUGGUGCAUCCCGAGUACCGGCCCAAGAGACCCGCCAACCAGUUUGUGCCCAGGCUCUACGGUUUCAAGAUUCAUCCGAUGGCCUACCAGCUGCAGCUCCAAGCCGCCAGCAACUUCAAGAGCCCAGUCAAGACGAUUCGCUGAUUCCCUACCCCACCUGUCCUGCACUUCCUUUCCUUUUUGCCACCCUUUCAGGAACCCUGUAUGGUUUUUAGUUUAAAUUAAAGGAGUCAUUAUUGUGGUGGGAAUAUGAAAUAAAGUGGAAGAAAAGGCCA